GGCUUGGGGAAGCUGAAGCGGCAGUGGUGGCUGGACCGGCUGCAGUGGCCGGGGCCUCCGCGGAAGGGCCAUGUCCGAGUCGUCCCCGCAGGGUGCUGAGCGCGACCUUUUCCGGGACACGUGGGUGCGAUACCUGGGCUACGCCAAUGAGGUGGGGGAGGCCUUCCGCUCCAUGGUGCCCGCGGCGGUGGUGUGGCUGAGCUAUGGGGUGUCCAGCUCCUACGUGCUGGCUGAUGCCAUUGACAAGGGCAAGAAGGCAGGAGAGGUGCCAGGCCCUGAAGCGACCCGCCGCACCAGGGUGACCGUGGCUGUGGUGGACACCUUCGUGUGGCAGGCUCUGGCCUCGGUGGCCAUCCCAGGCUUCACCAUCAACCGUGUGUGCGCGGCCUCUCUGUACGUCCUGGGCACUGCCACCCGCUGGCCUCUGGCUGCCCGCAAGUGGACCACCACUGCCCUGGGACUGCUGGUCAUCCCCAUCAUCAUCCACCCCAUCGACAGGUCAGUGGACUUCCUCCUGGACUCUAGCCUGCGCAAGAUGUACCCCUCAGUGGAGAAGCCCAGCUCCUCCUGACCCACAGCCUGGCACCUGGCCCGGAGGUUGGCACACUCCCUGUUUUCCAACCUCCUCCUCCUGUCUGGGGAUUCAGUGCUUGGCUCCUUGGGGCCGUAAGGCCCUGGCACCUGAGUGGGUGUGAAUUGGAUGAGAACAACGACAAAGGCCUCAAGGAGCAGCUGCCACAGCGACUCAGAGGCAAGCCCUGAACCCCGGAAUUCAUGAUACCGAGUGGCAGUGGGACUGGGUGGGCCCAGCCUUGUCUUUUUGACAGGAAAGCAACAUCCUCCCAUGGAGGAGAAGGGGACUGAGCCCAGAGAGGGCGAGGAAUAUGGCCACGAUCACUUGGCAAGCUGGGGACCCAGGACUCCCAGCGGCUCAGCCAAGUCACCCCAUGGCAGCGUGGCUGGACAGGGGAGCAGCAGGCACUGGGUGUGCCGCGGUGGGGGACCCUGAGCCCUGCGUCUCUGGCCAGCCCAUUCCCGGGGCACUAGGAGGCAAGACAGCCCUGGUCUAAUAAAUCCUCAAGAAGUUU